ACCCUCAUUAAUUCAGCUCAGCCUUGUCAGCCAGCGUCUUUCCUGCUUCGAGCACCAGCUAUCCCCAGUCAAACCAACAAUCCGACGCCAUGUCUCUCGUCAAAGGCGACACCCCUCGCUGGGUCUCUCAGCUGCACUCGCCCCCUGCCUCCAAGCAGAAGGUCAACGGCAUUUCCGACCCGAACGGCUACCCUUCAUCCCAGUCCUCCGGCUCCAAGAAGCAGAAAGAUGUCAAGCACACACCGCGCAAGCAGCCGACCCCCGCCGAGAUGGACACGCUCAAGGUCAAAAAGGCCUGGGAGGUCGCCCUCGCCCCCGCCAAGAACCUGCCCAUGACCGCCAUCAUGAUGUACAUGUCCGGCAACUCCCUCCAGAUCUUCAGCAUCAUGAUGGUCCUCAUGGCCUUCAAGACGCCCAUCACCGGCCUCUUCGCCGUUAACUCGGCCUUUGAGCGCUUCGAGUCCGACACGAACAAGGGCCAGAUGUUCCAGGUCAAGAUGGCCUAUCUCGCCAUGCAGGUGCUGGCGCUCGCCGUCGGCGUGUGGAAAGUCAACGCGAUGGGGCUGCUGCCGACAACGCGGUCAGACUGGUUGGGCUGGGAGACUGUGAGGGCGCCGCUGGAGAAUGCGAUUGCUGCUUUGUAGAGCGGAACACGUUACAAUCAAACAAUUAUUUCUUCUCC